UUUCUUUUUCAAUGAUCAUGGCUUCACUGAAAUGCACCAGCCAUGUUUGCUAAUUUCAAACCUAAAGGUUAGCGGCGACCUGUCCUUUAUUUACAUCUCCUAUACCCCCUUCAACUGUAUAUUCCUUCAGCCGAAAGCUUAAAGGUGCUGUUAUUCUUUACCAGGGGUAACUUUUGGGAUCGGAUUUAUUUUUAAUUAAAUUUUUGGGGGACAAACUUUUGGUGUGUGUGUGUGGUUGCUGGUGCUGCUGUUUCAAAAUUUCUUCAGUGCAGGAGGAAAACAAUGUGAGUUUAUUAAACAAAAGAGAAGCAUCCAACUUGCUCACCGAAAAAAGCAGAAUUUAAAGGCCCGAUUUGAAGACGACUUGUGAAUUUAUGACGAUAUGGAAGCGAAUAACCAUUAUAACUUCUCCGGGCACUCUUCUUCUAUGUCUUCAUCCUCAGGACUGAAGCGUACUUCAGGGGAGACGCUUUAUACAAACGGGUCCACCAUGAGCUUCCCUCAGCAGGGGAAAAAUCUGAACAGCGAGAUGAAUGUCAACGGCAUCACUACUGCAAUUGGUACCAGUGGGUCUGGAUCUCUGCCCUCGACAGCCUACUCCUUAAUGGGCAACCAUCACCAGCCCAAUCUGGGCUAUGACUAUCUGUGGGAAUUGGCUCAGUACCCCUCAGCAAUGGGGGGCGGGACGCACCAUAAGGACAGCCCCGCGGGAGUGGCGACUCAACAACAGUUCCAAGGGCACGGACAGUACCAACUCAACGGAGGCGUGGGGAUGCGCCAGCCCCCGAACGCAGCAGCCAACCCCGGCAGAGUUGGGCAGCAGUUCUGGGGCGGCGACGCCACAAGCAGCCAGCAGCAGAACCCCUCCCCCUCCUCGCUGAUGAAUUUCAACUCCCACAGCAUGUACGGCGCUUACCAGAGCCAGCCCCAUACGCCCACACCCCAGCAGCACUAUGGCAUGGUGCCCAAUGGACUUCCGUACUACGCUGUCUCCCAGCCCCAGCCCCAGAUGAUGCCUGCUGCUGUGCAGACGUUCUCCUCCUCACAGCGUAGUCCUCAGCAGCAGCAGCAGCAGCAUGUUAGCAUCAGUAACUCAUUACCUUCACAGGCACCGCCAGCUGUGGCAGUCAGUCCGCCAGUGAGUGGCACCCCUGAGAACAGAGCCGCGUCAAUCAGUGACUCGACUGUCAGUGCCAGCCACCCACCGCUCGGACCAGAGCACUUGAAUGAUGUGUAUGAAGAGGCCAACAGUUACAAUGGGAUGGAAAAGAAAGCAGCAGCAGCAGCAGCAGCCAGCCCUUGUCCAGAACCGGAAGCGUUCGCACCCGAGCUGGACCCGGAGAAGCCUUUGAAUGACUCUUCUGUGAUCGACGACUCCCUCAACUCCACCAGCGAUAACAUGGUGUCUGUACGCUCUUCAUCUGAAAAGGAUCCAGACUCGGACAGCGAAUAUGAGCAGGAUUCGUCAGCCGUGGACACCUCUCCACAGAAAGACUCUUCCAGUGUCCACGGGAUGGAGGACAGCGAUGCCCCCUCUCUCAUUCACAUCCCCUCCCUGGACGAUUCCAACUCCUUCAAUGCGUUGGCUGACCCCGCCUCCUUCAACGCCAGUGCAGACUCCGCCUCCUACGAUGUGUUGGCUGACUCCGCCUCCUUCAACGACACUGCAGACUCCGCCUCCUUCAACGCAAUGGCUGAUGACUCCAGCAAGCACUCCACAUCCUUCUUCAACACCACGGCUUCCUCUCCAGUUAAUCAUUCCCAGUAUGAGUCUGAUGGCGAUUCCGAAGGGGAAGAGGAGACUGGCGAGAUGGAGGGGCAGGAGAAUGACUGCGAGGAUACAGGAGAGAUGGAGGGGCAGGAGACUGGCGAGAUGGAGGGGCAGGAGAAUGACUGCGACGAGACCAGAGAGUUGGAGGAGACUGGCGAGAUGGAGGGGCAGGAGAAUGACUGCGAGGAGACUGGAGAGAUGGAGGAGGACUGUGAUGAGACAGAGGAGGACUGCGACGAGGCAGCUGAGGAAGAGCAGGAGGAUUGUGACGACACGGCAGACUCUGCGCUCAAGCCCACCUCGGAGAUCGACGUGUCCGAGAAUGAGCCUGCCCAGCCCAGCCCCUCCCCUCUGCAUGUCAAAGAGGAAGAGGAGGGGCAUGGGGAGGACACACCCAAUGGAAGGGGUGCUAGGAGGAGAAUAGCAUCGGAGCAGGAAGUGCGGUUCCCUCUUCUAUAUGGGUGGAGGAGAGAGAUUCGGAUUAAGAAAAGUGCAUCUCGAUUGAAAGGAGAGACUUGGUACUACGCUCCCUGUGGAAAGAGAAUGAAGCAGUUUCCUGAAGUCAUUAAGUACCUCAACAGACAUCAGAGCCAGGCUGUGACCAGGGAACACUUCAGCUUCAGUCCCCGAAUGCCAGUGGGAGACUACUAUGAGGAGAGAGAAACUCCAGAGGGUCUGGAGUGGUUCCAGUUAACCAACGAGGAGAUCCCAUCCAUGAUCCAGGCGAUCACUGGUAAGAGGGGCCGACCCCGCAACCUGGACAAGGAGAAGCCCAAAUCCAGGGCCAAACCCAGGCAGCGCAAGAGCAGAGGCAGGCCGGCCAAGACCAACAUGGUGGAUCUGCUCAGCAAAGUGGACGCCAGGCUGCUCAAGAAGCUGGAGGCACAGGAAACCCUGAGCGAUGAAGACAAAGUGAAACUCGGCAAGAUCAAGAAGAAAAUGAAAAGAAAGGCCAGGGACAAAAGAAAACAAGAAGCCAAAACUGCUAAGAUAAAGCAAGAACAGAAAAAGGAAAAGCAGGAAAAAGCAAAGGAAAAAAAGGAGGCGGCCGCAGCGGAGAAAGCGGCAGCGCUGGAGUCGGGGGAGCCCCCCGUGAAGAAGAGGAGGCAGCGCAAACGGAAAGCGGACAAGAUCAAAGAGGAGGAGGAGGUGGCGGCAGCCAAGGAGAAAGAGAAAGGAAAGGCCAAGGUGAAGGCAGCCCGCAAGGUGGUGGACAAGAAGGUGCUGGCUCAGAGGAGGCAGGAAGAGCGCAAGAGACAGCAGCUCAUCCUGGAGGAGCUGAAGAAACCCACAGAGGACAUGUGCAUCACAGACCACCAGCCUCUGCCAGAGUUUUCCCGGAUCCCAGGCCUGGUCAUGUCUGGCCGUGCCUUCUCCGACUGCCUGAUGAUCGUGGAGUUCCUGCACAGCUACGGGAAGGUGCUGGGCUUCGACGUAGCCCGGGACAUCCCCACCCUCAGCACCCUACAGGAGGGGCUCCUCAACGUGGGAGACAGCCUGGGCGAGGUCCAGGAUCUGCUGGUGAAGCUUGUGCAGGCCGCACUGCACGACCCCGGCCUACCUCACUAUUACCAGUCUGUGAAAAUCCUCGGGGAGAAGCUGUCGGAGAUCCAGCUGAAUCGGAGCAGCGUCUCUGAAGGGCUGCGCAUCUUCCUGGAGGGGUGCGGGUUCGAGCCGGAAAUCUGCGACAGCCUGCAGAGCAAACCCUUCCAGGUGCACCCUCCGGAGAAGAAGGCAGCCAUCCUGGCCUUCCUGGUGAACGAGCUCAACGGCAGCAACACCGUGAUCAGUGAAAUAGACAAGACGCUGGAGAACAUGUCGGUGUACCGGAAGAGCAAGUGGGUCAUUGAAGGCAAGCUGCGAAGGCUGAAGAUGGCGCUGGCGAAGAAGACGGGGCGCUCGGAGCUGGCGCUCAGCCUGGAGGAGCGGCGCCGCAGUGCCCGUGUCGCCGAGGAGGAGACCCUAGACAUGGAGGAGGGGGUUCAGCAGGAGAGGGGGGCCCGCAGAGCGCACAGGGAGGAGGCCAAGCUCAGCGAGGGCGAUAGCCCAUCCACAGCCAGUGUCCCUGAACUGGAGAGACAGAUAGAUAAGCUAACAAAGAGGCAGGUUUUCUUCCGGAAGAAGCUGCUGCACUCCUCCCAGUCCCUGCGCGCCUUGUCUCUGGGUCAGGAUCGGUAUCGCAGGCGCUACUGGGUCCUCCCACACACAGGGGGCGUGCUAGUGGAGGGGCCUGAGGAAAUUCAAGCCUCCGAGGAACCUUUCGUGAAAGAAGAGUCUCUCCGAAUCACAGUCCCGGUGAUCUCCCCUGUGAAGAAGGAGCCCAAACCAGAGGUCAGCCCCCCACCCCCUCCUCAUCCGCCCAUCGAAAUCCCUGAUCCGGAAGCCCCCUCGCUAAUGAACAGCCCCAGGGCUCGGGGGCGCCCCAGGAAGAUCAAACCCGAGGUGGAGCUGCACCUGAAGAGCGCUCGGCGGCGAAGGCGGAGCAGCAAAGCCACGCUGGCCAGUGGCCUUCCAGAAGAGUCUCUGGACUUGCCCAAUCACAGCCAGCAAGACCUCAACCAAUCUGCAUUCCUGUCCUGGCUCAGCCAGACCCAGGGCUCUCUGCAGAACGGGGCGGAUCGGAACUCUUCGGGGCUCGACGGCUCCGCUCACACAGACAGUGUUAAAGAGGCUGCCGAGAAGCAGGGCCAGUGGUUCAACCUGCUGCCCAAGACUCCCUGCGAGGCUUCCGGCUCUGACCCGCUCACACCUUCCAAAGACACGCUUCCACGCACCUCCCUGACCAAGCAGACCCGCCCUCGCGCACAGUCGACGGGCGCUCUCAUGGGCGGGAAGCCCACAGCCCUGCUUGCUUCCCCUCAAGUCUCUUCCACGCCGGCCCAACGGCCCCAGAGGAGGAGGAGGUCCAGCCCCGGUCGUGCUGCCCCUCCCCUCGAAGGACCCCUGGGCUUCUCCCUGCCAGGCCUGCAGAAACGGAGAGGACGGCCGCCCACCAAGUUCCUCAAACAGGUGGAGCAGAAAUACUUCACCCAGCUCAUAGCCCAGCCCAUCCCAUAUGAGAUGACGAGGGGCUGGUGGUGGAUCAAGGACCCAGAGGAGUUGAAAGCCCUCCUUCAGGUGCUUCACCCGCGAGGGAUCCGCGAGAAAGCCCUGCACAAGCACCUCUCCAAACACCUGGAAUACCUCUCUGAAGUUUGCACCCGGCCCAAGAAUGAUCCAAUUUUCCAGUUCAUUCCAGAUGAGGCCAGCCCAGUAUCUCAGGAGACCUUACAGAAAUGGUCUAUAACCCAAAGGGCACUUGAAACUGACCUGAGCGUCCUGCAGUGGGUCGAGGACCUGGAGCAGAGGGUCUUGGCGGCGGACCUACAGCGCAAGAUGGUACCCAACUGCAGAGGGAUCGACAAUGAAAAUUGUGCGGAAAAUGCUGUCUCUGGAACCAAGGGCUGGACCUGUCCGGACCCAGACUCUACCCGGGACGAUCUGGUGUACUUUGAGCACCCGGUGGACCCUCUCGAUGACUGGAUCAUCAAGACCAAGAAGGAGCCGUGCGAGUGCCUGCGCGUGCCCACCCACCCCCUCGACCUGGCAGUGCAGCGGCUAGCCAGCCUGGAGCACAACAUCGAGCGGCGCUAUCUGAAAGAACCGCUCUGGAACCUCAGCGAGGUCAUCGCCGACAAGGGGACCCCGACUCCUCCGCCCAGCACGGAGGACGGGACGGACAGCGCCCCGGGAACAGAGGGUGUUGAGAGUGAGAUCACCCCUCGUCUGCGGCUGUGGCGCCAGGCUCUGGAUCGCUGUCGGAGUGGAGCCCAGGUCUCCCUGUGCAUCCAGCAGCUGGAGAGAGCCAUCGCCUGGGAGCGCUCCAUCGUCAAAGUGACGUGUCUGGUGUGCAGGAAAGGGGACAACGAUGAAUACCUCCUGCUGUGCGAUGGCUGUGAUCGCGGCUGCCACAUGUACUGCUUGCGCCCCAAAAUCACUGACAUCCCAGAGGGAGACUGGUUCUGUACUGUCUGCGUCUCCAAGGUGAACGGCGGGACCCCUCGUAAGAAACGCUCCCCGAAGCAAUCCCAGCGCGGGCGGAAGAGACGGGGGUACAGCGGGAGGUACGACUCGUCGGAGUGCUCUGAGGAAGAGGAGGACGAGAGCCCCAGGAGGAGUGGCAUGCAGACUCGGAGGAGGGACCCCCCCACGCUCGCACACUCCCGAUUCUCAGGGGACAACGGCCUCUCUCCGGCCAAGCGCCGGAGGAUGACCACCCGCAACCAGCCCGACCUGGCCUUCUGCGAGAUCAUUCUGAUGGAGAUGGAGUCUCAUGAAGAUGCCUGGCCCUUCCUGGAGCCGGUGAACCCCAGACUGGUCCCGGGGUACCGCAAGAUCAUCAAGAACCCCAUGGACUUCCUCAGCAUGCGGGAGAAGCUGCUGCACGGAGGAUACUGCAGCUGUGAGGAAUUCUCAGAGGACGCCCAGCUGGUGUUUGAUAACUGCCAGCUGUUCAACGAAGACACUUCCGAGGUAGGCAUGGCUGGACACUCCAUGAGGAAAUUCUUUGAAAACCGCUGGGAUGAGUUUUAUCAGGCAAAGAAGUAAAAGAAGAUGCAGGAAAGAGGCCAGAGGCAACGCUCGCUCCCCCCCCCAGUGAAGAGAUCCUAGCCAGGGAGGGCGCGGGCGUUGGAGGUGGCCGCUGUACGACAACGACUACUAUUAUUACCACUGCUAAGACUACUGCUGGAGGCCGCAGCUGGUUUUCGGUUUGUGUAUAUAAAAAGGAAAGUUCUCCGUUUUUGGUUUUGACAUUUUUCUCUGCUGUGGGUCAAAUCUGAUGUAGCCCAGGCAGUUUUGAAAGAAUCUGGGAACUCCAAACCAAAAAAUAAAGUAGAUUUUUUGUUUUGAUAUAUAAAUAUAUAUUAUAAAUAAAAGAAAAAAAAAAAAUAGCUGGGAAUAUUUAAUAGCAAUAGAUGAUCGUGAAUGUGUACAGACCACAUGUUAGUCAUGUCUCCAAGAAAAAUGCAUUAAAUGGCCAGUAAAACUAACUCUUUGUGUUGUUUCACAAAACCAUGCUGCUUUCCUUCACUGAUGGUGCCGAGAUGGCAAAUAUCCUCCUUGUUGUUUUGGAAAACAAACCAGGCCUGUGUCUGACUGACUGGCGCGUGCGUUCGGCUCUGGAGACUUCUCUGCGUUCAGUGCAACACUGUUUUUUCUUUCUAUUUCAAGAGGGGGUGAAGUGCAAAACGAUAUUUUCAAAGGCACUUUGCAGAGAUUGACGCUGGUCUGUGUGUAGGUAGGGCUGUCUCUGGAAGUGAGUAAAUAAACUGUUCUGAGGGAGAUCUGUUGUAGCUUUCUUUUAAAAUUUGAAAAUGUUUGGAUGUUUCGUAUGGUGGGAUUUUUGUAACAAGCAUACAGCUUCAGUUGAUUUCUUUGGGCUGACCAGUCCAUGUGUUCAUUGUAUGCAGUUCAAAGGCAUCUUCACUUUUAAACUUGAACUUGUGUGUGUGAUUAUGACCAAUAUUACACAUACAGAACCCUUCUCAGUGUAUGUAGUUCUGUUUGAGAUCUCCAGGCUGGGGUUUGCUACCUCAACAUAGAAAUACAAAACAUGUUUUUAUUUUAAGAUGGCUACAAAAAAAAAAAACCCUUCCUUGUGCAGUUUCUUGAAAACGGUGUUUGUUUUGAGGUGUUGUGUAACACUAUCGCUACUGAAAUAGAGCUCGUGAUUUCAAUGUGGAAUUGAUGUCUUGCCUGGUUUUAAAGUUCAACACCCCUUAUCCACAAAAUAUUAACUGACAGGACCUGCUUAAACAGUAGCCCCUUAAAUUAACUUCUGAUGUAAUUAAUGUAGCAGCCUGCCAGGCCGGACGGACUGUUUUUAUAUAAAGGACUAGUGUCAUUACUAGAAGGGUUUAUACUUGCUAGAGUUUCAAACCCUUUACCCUUCCGAAAAGCCAACUGGUUAAUAUUUUAACUAAAAUCACCCAUGGUGCAUAAUCUAGAACAUUGCAAUGCUAACCAGCAUGCUGUGGGGACAAGAUACUGUAACAAGACUAGCGUGGAGCCGAAACCCACCUUGCUCUGCCUGCGUGGUGUUUAAAAUAACCUCUUACCUUGUAGGAAUGGUUUUAAUAUUAAACCCAGUGACCUAUCCGGCUCCGAUUUAUCACGCCUGUGGAAAUCUGCUCCCGGUCAGAUGGAACCUCCCACUGCAUAGUUUCAUUGAACUGCGUUGCGCCGUUGAUGUCUGGUUCAAGACCACCAGUUACAAACUGCUGUGCUGUAAUUCUGUGCGGUUGUUUCCAGGUUGAGGAGUUGUGGGCGUUGUAACCUCAACGUGUUGUUAUGGCACUUUUUCAUUUUUUUUUUUUAUUAUUUUUAUUACAGAUAUAUAGGUCUGUCUGUUUCUCCUGAAGUUUGAUCUGAUUUUAGUGAUGGAUCAGGUGUAGACUUUAUUUUUUUCUUUGGUACAAGUGUGACACCGCACUGCAACUACAUGAAUUAAACUCCAUUUUGAAGUUGUAAUGUGACCUUAGUCAGUUUUAUUUCAAGGUGAGAACAAGAUCUACAAAAAGUGAUGGGGAAACAAAAGAAAUGCAACGUUCCUUUUGACCCGAAACGGGACUACUACUUUUCUACAACCAAAAUGUGGUGUUUUAGUGAAUAAUUUGUAAUAAUGUACAGUUUUUUUUGUGACUUUAAAUUUAUUCCUUUCUAUAUUUUUAGGACCAAUAUAUCAUUUUUAAAAGGAGGUAUUAAACAAAGUCUCUGGAACAUGUUGUACUGAUGUGAUGUAACACUUGUGCAUCUCUGUAGAAUAUACUGUGAGUUGAAUAAACCACAUCUAGUUGA